AUGGCUGCCGAGACUUCCAACGAGCUACACAACAAUAUAUACCUUCAUGAGCAACAUUCUGUUGGUUGGUGUUCUGAUGAUGAUUCAUUUGGACUAUCCAAACUCUCUUUGGCAGCCAAGUCUGCUACUGACUACGAGUCUAACCCUUGGGCCAGCAAAUCAGACCUUGCUACCAUCAAAAAUGACGAAUCCAUUUCUAGUUUGCAGAGCCAUGCUAGCACUAGUGUUGAAUACGGAUGCAUAUCUGCAGAAUCAGACUUUCUGCCUACUCCACCAAAUGUAUCUCCAGCUCUAACCAAGUCACUUCUACAGCAAGAAGAUUCUGCAACUUUGAAUGUGAUACAAACUGCCAAAACUACAUCCAGAGAUACCAAUCAAGAGGUUGCUGAACACAGUUCAAAUCAACAGGAUUGUCAGAAACCCUCAAUCAGCUUGUCUGAGCCUCUGUUUCAGCACGAAACUGUUAAUGUGACAACUUCCAAUACUCUCCAGAAUAGCUUGGCUUCUGUACAAGUGGACUGUGCAACAGAGAGUCUCGACCAACAACAAUCAACAAUCAAUUAUGGAUAUACAGAAGACGCUAGAUUGGCAAGGGAGGCUCUUUUACGUCAGGCUCUCAUCCAACAGUCAUAUCUUCGAGAGCAACUAAUGAGAGUAUUUCAAGCCAAAUCGGAUUAUCGCCAGCAAAGUGCCGAAAAUAGGCUACUUCACCAGUAUGCAUCUAAUCUCAUGGCCACUACCAAACGACAGGGAUUUAGGAGCGGGUGA